ACCUAGAAAAUUAGUAAUAUCCAAUAUUAUUUAACCAUUAUUAUUUUUGUUGUUAAUUAAAAAAAAGGUGCAAAUCGAUCCCUAAAAUUCAAUCGCGAUUUUUUUUUUCCCGUAGAGCCAAAGGAGAAAAAAAAAAUCGAUUGGGGUGUGUGUGUGGGUAUGGCCUUUCACGUAGCUUGCCCAAUUACAUGUCAUCGGAUCUGCUUCUGCUCCCAAGGGUUUCCUGGGGAUCUCCGGGGCGUCGAUGCGAAGGAUGAGUUCUUGAAGCAGGUAGAUCUGCUGAAGGACCUCUUGAAGGAUCCGUUGGGUGAUUCUAGGGUUUUCAGGGAUGGGACAGUUCAGGUUAGGGUUCCUAAGGUUGUUUCUGCUCCGUCUGUGGUGGUGGUUGGCGAUGGUGGAGGUGCCGAUGAAACUGCGGUGGCGAUGGAGGAGGCUGCGGCGCAGAAGAAGCGAGUGGCUUUACAGAAACAAGCCGCUGUUGCGGUCGAAGCGGCCAAGGAUUAUGCUCGGAGGUUCGAAUCCGCUUUCACUGCGGUUUCCUCCAAAGAUCAAGGUGGGGAAGAGCUUGGUAACUCCGACUCGAAUGCAAUGUGCAAAUUGUGCUUCUUGGGUGAGAGUGAAGGGAGUGAGAGAGCAAGGAGGAUGCUUUCCUGCAAAAACUGUGGCAAGAAGUACCACAAGAAUUGUUUAAAGUCUUGGGCUCAACAUAGAGAUUUGUUCCAUUGGAGUUCGUGGACUUGUCCCUCGUGCCGAGUUUGUGAGAUCUGUCAUAGAACGGGAGAUCCUAACAAGUUCAUGUUCUGCAAAAGGUGUGAUGCUGCUUAUCAUUGUUAUUGCCAACAUCCUCCACACAAGAAUGUUAGUUCUGGGCCAUAUUUAUGCCCAAAACAUACAAGAUGUCACAGCUGUGGAUCAACUGUCCCUGGAAAUGGCCUAAGUGUGAGGUGGUUUUUGUCAUAUACUUGCUGCGAUGCUUGUGGAAGGUUGUUUGUCAAGGGAAAUUAUUGCCCCAUAUGUUUGAAGGUGUACAGGGACUCUGAAUCAACUCCAAUGGUUUGCUGUGAUAUUUGUCAACGAUGGGUGCAUUGCCGAUGUGAUGGAAUAAGUGAUGAGAAAUAUCUGCAGUUUCAAGUAGAUGGAAACCUACAGUAUAAAUGUGCCACAUGUAGGGGAGAGUGUUACCAGGUUAAGGAUCUUCAGGAUGCUGUUCAGGAACUUUGGAAGAGAAAAGAUGUGGUAGAUAGAGAGCUAAUUGCUAGUUUGAGGGCUGCUGCUGGUUUGCCAACAGAGGAAGACAUAUUUUCUAUUUCUCCCUUUUCAGAUGAUGAAGAAAAUGGUCCUGUUUCUGGGCGUUCACUGAAGUUCUCAGUGAAAGGUUUAGUUGAGAAUUCGCCUAAGAAGAUCAAGGAGCACAUAAAGAAUUCUUCAAACAAAAAGCAUGUUAGCAAGACAGGUCACCUCAGUAAGUUAGAACCCCAACAGGAUUCUGAACUUUAUCAGAAUAUUGAAUCUGAAGAUUAUGUUGCGGGUGCGAAGAAAAACGAGGACAUGGAAUUUCACAGAAAUGGAGGAUCUGAUAUUUCUUCUCGUGUUGCUGGAAUUUGCUCGACACAUGAGCCUAAGAUUGUGAAACACAAGUUGGUCGAUGAUGUUAUGGUAACCGAAGAAGAUAGGCCAUCAAGGAUAGUGAAAAUAAAGUGCAGUAAGCCUCAGGAUUCUGACAGUGAGGAUGCCCAAAAGAAUGUGGGUAAAGUGAACGCUAUAAAGGCAAAAAAGCUGGUCAUAAGUCUGGGUGCAAAGAAAAUAAAUGUCAGCAAUUCUUCGAAAUCUAGUGCAUCACAACAUCCGAGGGAUCAAGAUCAAUCUUCUUCUGGUGGUGGUGAAGAUAUGCAGGAAAGUAAGGCUGAGAAACCUUUGUUCGGGGGAGACAAAACCACUGCUAAAAAAGGGGAUAGAUUGGAUCAGCCUGGUGAGGUGAGAAGCUUGAAGAUUUCUGGAAGAUUUGGGAAAACCCAACCUGAAGAUAUUGUUGUUCUGUCCGAAGAGAAAUGCAAUUCAUUUGGAAAACCGGGCGAAGGAAGUAAAACAACAUUUGGGUCAAUCACCCAAUUCCCUACAUCCAAGAGCGAAGACAAUCGCAAAGAUGACAAGACAACUGUCUCACAUUCUGUGAAGAAAGAAGCAAGACCUCUGCUCAAAUUUAAGCUUAGAAAGCCUAAUCCAGGCGAUCAGACACCUCAGGAUCCUCAUUCCGAGGAUGAAAAGCUUAGUGCUGCGAAGGGCCAAAGAUCAAAGAGAAAGAAACCUUCACCAUUAGUCGAUAAGUCAUCUUCUUUGAAUGAAGAUGAAAAUUUCUCGCACUCCAAUCUGGACAGUCCAAGGAAUGAGAUGAUGGAUGCUAAUUGGAUUUUGAAGAAGUUGGGCAAGGAUUCGAUAGGAAAGAGAGUCGAAAUCCUUCAACGAUCUGAUAAGUCAUGGCGAAAGGGGACAGUUACCGAUGUUACAGGGGACUCAUCCACACUGUCAGUGUCAUUAGAUGAUGGAGGUGUAAAUACAUUGGAGCUCGGGAAGCACAGUGUCCGCUUCAUACCUCAGAAGCAAAAGAGGUCAAGGAGUUGAUUGAUUGGACCUUCGAUUUUCUCUGGGAUCAGCUUCGAGCCAUGAAGAAGCAAGCCACAUCCAUUGCAUUCUUCAUGAAGUUCUCCUAUGUGAGAUUGAAUGCUAAAUUGUGGCAUUACGUUACAGAAACCCUUGUCCUGUCCUUGUCAUGUCCUGCCCUUGUAGGUUGUACCACAAUGUGAUUUUUUCAUGGGUAGUGUAGCCAGUUUAUUUUAGAAUCAAACUCAAUUUAGGCUUCA